CCGUACGUCGCUGUUUAUGGUUUGCAUUGGUGGUCUGUCUCUCGUAAUGGUAUAACAUAUAGGUUUUCUCUUUUUGUCGAUUACAGGCAAAGCAUCUUUAUUAAAAGAUUACGACUGCAAAACGAAUCUGACCAUUUCUAAGAGCUCCGGUAAAUGAUAGACAUCAUGAACACUGUUGGUUUUUACACACAGCUAACAUCCAUAAUGGAAGUGUUGGCGAAUGCAGCUGUUGUUGAAAUAGGCAAACUUUUCGAAGAUCAUUACGCUCUGUUGGGAUUAGAGAUAUCGCGAUGUACAAACGAAAACGACUCUCUGAGAAAGAAAUGUGUGUUUCUGGAGACUGAACUUCAGGCUGCACGGAGAAACACCAGCAGGAUGAACGAGACUGAAGCUUCAUUCAGCGACGGACCGACAGACACAGGACAUCCUGCAAUUGACAAUGUGUUUGGUAAGAAGUGGUGCAUGGACUUGUGGAGAGACGAGGAGUCAAACAUUUGUCAAAAUGAGGAGACGAAUCUGAGCUCUUCAGCUAACACAGUAGAGACAGUUGAUUUGUUGAAUGAAGAAGCAGACGGGAUCCUGAUUAAGGAUGAGACGUUUGAGGAUUGCCCAAGUCAAAAUAAAACUGAAGAUAAAAGCAACAGUUUAAGUAGUACAGGACCUGCAGUGGGCAGCAAUGAGAGAUGUGAUGCUGAGAGUUCAGAAGAUUUGAUCACAUACACAAUACCUACAUGUGACCAAGUGCAGUCAAACGCACCGCAGAGACAAACCGAUAAACCAACUCCUAAUGCAAGACUUUCUACACAUGGAAACAGUCCAACACAGCCUCAUUUGAUGACUGAUGAGGUUGUUUCAACCUUUACCAGUAGCGCUAAAUUCAGCAGUACACAAAACCAGACGAGCGCUUCAGGAAUUAAAAAGAUUGAAUGUAUAUUCUGUGGAAAAACCUUUAACCUUCGAAGAUUUCUGAACUUACACAUGAAGACACACUCUCAAGAAAACGGUUUCGGCUGUACAAUCUGUGGCAAACUAUUUGCUACAAAGAGAGCCCUGUCAAAACACCACCGGAUCCAUAUGGGUGAGAGGCCGUAAACGUGCAUGGACAGUGGGAAGAGUUCUGUCUAAAAGUGUUAUCUUACUAAGCAUCUCCAAACCCAUACCAGCUAAAGCAUCUUCAAAGCCAUACCAGAGUAAAGCCUUAUAGUUGUGUCAAAUGUGGUAAAGUUACACAAACAAAUGGGAUUUUGAUAUACACCCGUGCUAAAAAAUAUGAAAGUAAAUCAUCUAAUAAUGAACAUCUAUUUGUAGCUUUAGUUUGAAAACUUCCUGUCAGUAUGUUUCUAUUACAACAGCAGUGUUGACUAACUAUGAGGCUUUUUAUAGGCCUACCCGGAUAAGAAACAUGUUGUUUUGUUUCUUAAAUAUAAGUUUACACUGUUGUUAUUUUUCACUAAAGUUUUUAUUUGAAGAAAAUGUUACAGAUGUAGACUUUAUAUCACAAAUAUAUAUCACAAAUAUAAUAUCUGUUUAAUAUAAUAAUAAUAAUAAUAUAAUAUCUAAAUGUUUUUAAAAUUAUAUUAUUACUAAUUGUUAUCAUUAUAAUAUCUGUGAUCCAAUCACUAAGUAAAAAGUAUCUAUACAUCAUAGUAUUUUUUUUAUUUUGCUCAUGUUUACUUCUUAUAUUCACCUCUAAUUUAAAUAUCACCCGAUACUUGUCACAAAAACAUGCAAUAGCAUAACAUUGUCAAUACACAUUAUUAAUGGGAUGGGCCACAAGCUGUACAUUCUGCAGGGUUCAUGUGUUCUUUCAUAACAUUAUAAAGCAAAAAAGUGUUUCAAAAAUGUUUUCAUUGCACAUAUCUAAAGCUGAAGAACUUUCUCCAACCAAACUUUGACCACCCUGGCUGUGUGCUUGUGCAAAACUUUGGUUCACAUACAGAAUGUAGAUGCAAAGAACAUCUGAAUCAAUCUGCAAUUAAAGUCAGUCAGAUUGACAAAAAAUAGGUGCAUGUAAACAUAGCAAUUGAGUGAAGGGUCGACAGGAUGUAAGUCUGAAGAUAUUUGUACCUACCUACACAUCCCAGCUAACACAUGAUGAACCAGUUACACAAGUUAUUUGUCAUUUUUGGUCUUAUUAACUGGCCACGUAACUGUAAUGUCCCAGGCAUGCAAUUUCAUUAACAUUAAAGUGAAGUACUAAUUCACAACAUUACCUUUACUAUCUCCUAACAUUGCAAGAUAACCAGGGAUGGUCUAGUUAUGUAUUACGUACUAUUCUCAUCAUAAAUGUUACUGGUAUGAGUGAUGAGAUGAGUGCCUGCAAACUUUUUUUUUUACAAAUAUUUCCCUUUCACUGAAUAAAUAUACUUCUGUUUUUCUUCUCUUAAAAUAAAUAUUUUUAUAUUUUGUGAUUGAAUCAUGAUGUGGGCUUAUUAUAUAUAUAUAUAUAUAUAUAUAUAUAUAUAUAUAUAUAUAUAUAUACACUAGUCAACAUUUGAAGUGGAUCAAAACCUUUCCUAAAAGUUGUCUUAAAACCAAUACCCAGUACCCGUUCUUGUCUUAGGACAAGUUUGAUGAAUGUUUUUGAUCCACUUCAAAUGUUGACUACUAUAUAUGAAAACGAAUUAAUA